AACAACACAUUUCAAAAAAUGAGACACGAAGCACUUAUUGGACUCCUUCUUAUAUCAAACAUGCUCAUGGCAACACGCCUCACACUCACAUUCUCACUCUCUCGCUCUUCUCGUUCUCGUAUUCACCCUCUUCUUAAACGCACUUCUUGUUCCUUUUUCAACCCUAAACAUUCUCAUAAAUCCCUUCCUUGUCCCCUUUGGUCUUCUUCCUUUUCCUUUUGCAUUGAUUCACUUCACAAGUCUACUUCACCUUCGUUUACUUGUUCGGCUUCUUCCAUGGCUGCUUCUGCUCUUGAUGUUGAAGCUAAUCCUCUUCUGAAGGAGUUUGUUUUUCCUCCUUUUGAUGUUGUUGAAGCGAAGCAUGUGAGACCGGGAAUUCGUGCUCUUCUUGAGAAAUUGGAACGUGAUUUGGAGGAGCUUGAACGGAGUGUGGAACCUUCGUGGCCUAAGUUGGUAGAACCUUUGGAGAAGAUUGUGGAUAGGUUGGCUGUUGUUUGGGGGAUGGUUAAUCAUCUCAAAGCUGUUAAGGAUAAUUCUGAGCUCCGUUCAGCAAUUGAGGAUGUGCAGGCAGAAAAAGUUAAAUUUCAGCUUAGACUAGGUCAAAGCAAGCCUCUCUAUAAUGCGUUCAAAGCGAUUCAAGACUCUCCUGAUUGGAAGACACUUAGUGAUGCUCGCAAACGAAUUGUUGAAAACCAAAUAAAGGAGGCAGUUCUUAAUGGUGUUUCUCUUGAAGAUGAUAAAAGAGAACAGUUUAACAAAAUUGAACAGGAGCUGGAAAGGUUAUCAGAAAAAUUUGGGGAGAACGUUCUGGACGCAACCAAAAAGUUUGAAAAGCUCAUUACAGAUAAGAAGGAGAUUGAAGGAUUACCUGCUACUGCUCUUGGGUUGGCUGCACAAAGCGCAGUAUCCAAGGGGCAUGAAAAUGCCACCGCUGAGAAUGGGCCAUGGGUAAUCACAUUGGAUGCUCCAAGUUAUAUUGCAGUCAUGCAACAUGCUCGCAACCGUUCUUUGCGUGAGGAAGUCUACCGUGCAUAUUUAACUCGAGCAUCGAGUGGUGAUUUGGAUAAUACUAAACUGAUCGAGCAAAUUUUGAAGCUGAGGUUGGAAAAGGCCAAGCUUCUCAACUACAAUAACUAUGCAGAGGUUAGCAUGGCAACCAAGAUGGCAACUGUUGAUAAAGCAGAAGAACUUCUAGAGAAGCUUCGUAAAGCUUCCUGGGAUGCUGCAGUACAAGAUAUGGAAGACCUUAAGAAAUUUUCUAAAGACCAGGGUGCAUUAGAAGCUGAUGAUUUGACACAUUGGGACGUUAGCUUUUGGAGUGAGAGGCUUCGUGAAUCAAAAUAUGACAUUAAUGAGGAAGAACUGCGCCCAUUUUUUUCUCUGCCAAAUGUUAUGGAUGGACUCUUUGACCUUGCAAAAACACUUUUUGGCAUUGAAAUUGAGUCAGCUGACGGUCUAGCUCCGGUUUGGAAUAAUGAUGUCAAGUUCUUUUGUGUCAAAGAUUCCUCAGGCAGUCCAGUUGCCUAUUUUUAUUUUGAUCCCUACAGUCGUCCUUCUGAAAAAAGGCAAGGUGCAUGGAUGGAUGAAGUUGUUGCUCGUAGUCGUGUACUGUCGCCUGAUGGUAACUCAUCAAGGUUGCCUGUGGCCCACAUGGUGUGCAAUCAAACACCUCCAGUUGGAAGCAAGCCAAGUUUAAUGACAUUCCGUGAGGUUGAGACUGUCUUCCAUGAAUUUGGCCACGCGCUUCAGCACAUGCUUACUAGGGAAGAUGAGGGUCUAGUUGCUGGUAUUAGGGGAAUAGAGUGGGAUGCUGUUGAAUUACCUUCUCAGUUUAUGGAAAACUGGUGCUACCAUAAAAAGACUUUAAUGGGCAUUGCAAAACAUUUUGAAACUGGGGAGACUCUCCCAGAAGAGGUAUAUCAGAAGCUUGUUGCCGCCAGAACUUUUCGUGCUGGCACUCAAAGUCUUCGACAGAUAAAAUUUGCAACUGUCGAUCUGGAACUUCAUACAAAAUAUGUUCCUGGGGGACAAGAAUCCAUCUAUGAUGUUGAUCGCAGGGUUUCCGAGAAAACUCAAGUGAUUCCUCCAUUGCCUGAAGACAGGUUCCUUUGCAGCUUCAGUCAUAUAUUUGCAGGUGGAUAUGCAGCUGGAUACUAUAGCUACAAGUGGGCUGAAGUGCUGUCUGCAGAUGCUUUCUCUGCAUUUGAGGAUGCAGGUUUGGAUAAUAACAAGGCUGUUAUAGAAACGGGACACAAGUUCAGGGAAACCAUUCUUGCUCUUGGAGGUGGCAAGCCACCACUCGAGGUGUUUGUGCAAUUCCGUGGGAGAGAACCAACACCAGAUGCAUUGCUCAGACACAAUGGCCUAAUUGCAGCUUAGGGAUAGAGGAUCAUCCACAAUUUUAUUUUGAAAAAAAAAAAAAGCACUAUAAAUUAUAAUAAUACAUAAUUGUGGUUGUUAAGGUUGUUACAUAUUAAAUUUAUGUAAUUUUUUUGUUA